CAUCCGCAUGUGUUGUUGAUGAGGCCACACACAGUACUAUACAUAACCGUGCGGGAUGCAUGUGUAAGACAGUAAGGAGCGGGUCGUGCUGGUGACACAACACACAACUCACUCAACAACUCCACAAGUAUAAUGCUCGGUGACAGCUUGAGCAACAUCAACACAGGGAAAAUAAUACUGAUGAUGGUGAGCCUCGCCGUCAACACCGUCCUCCCGCUGCCUCCACACUCAGUUGUAGGAGAGUUGUUGUCAGUGGAAGGUGGUGGUGUUGGCGCCGUGCUGGAGGCGCUGUCUCAGCCCACCUGCUCCCUCAUCCUCCUCACAGAUGGCACCACCUCACCCUCCACCAUCAUCAAGGAGGAGAGUGUAGUACGAGGGAGCCCCUGGGGUGUGGGGGUGUUCGAGGUGGUGGUGGACGGCCAGGACGCUAACGAGACCCUGGUGCUGCUCUCCCACCUGCUCCACCAAGCUCGACAGGUGAGGAUGGAGUCUCGGUGUGUGCGGGUGGUGGUGGUGAGUCACGACCCGGUCUUCCUCAACACCUUCGCCGAGUGGUCCCUCAAGGGCCGCCUCCUGGUGUGGGCCACCAAGCUGCUGGUGGUCACCAGCCUCCCACUCCCACAGCUCCACGCCCUCCUGUCCUCCCACUGGACCUUCUCCAUGAUGAACACCAUCUUGCUCAACCUGGAGGACACACCACCCAACCUCAGCUUCAAUGGUGCAAAGGUGAACGUGACUGCCCUGCCAUUCGCGCCAUACUGGGGCGAACUGAAGGGAUCUGAUGGUGCAAAACAGUACUCUGGCACCGACUAUUUCUUGUUAAAAUCAAUUGCGGACUCCCUCAACUUUACCAUUAAUGUCGUGCCCACCACCUCGUGGGCAGAGGUUACACAGCGUGUAGUGGAUCGGGUGUCUUUCAUGGCAACUGUGUUCCACAUCAUGCUGCCUGGACGCCUUGAGCGCUACGACUACUCAUGGGUGUACGAAUAUGCAUCCCUGGACUUCAGUAUGGCCCGGCCGGGUAUCAAGCCACAGUGGCAGUCGCUCUACUACCCACUCACUGACCUGGUGUGGGCGGCCGUCCUGCUGGCGCUGCUGCUCACCCCUGUGAUCCUGCUGCUGAUUAUUCGUGUUGGUGAAUGGAAGGAUGGUGGGGACAGGAUAGCCACAGGAACGGUGGUGCAGGAUGUUACAGGGAUGCUGUUAGGACAGAACUUGCCACGACGGCUGCCCACAGUCAUCUCCAGCCGUGUACUGGUGGCUUCCUGGUUGAUGUUCGCUCUUAUAAUCGGGUCUACCUAUCGUGGCAACCUCACCGCCUUCCUCACACUGCCCAAGUACCCACCCCGUGCCGAGACAACCCAGGAGCUUGCUCGCGUAGCAGAAAGGAUAACGAUGCCCUCGUAUGGAGUAGAAUUCAGAAAUUUCUUCAGCCAGUCAGAUUCACAGCUGUUCAAGAGACUGGGCCAACUGAUGCACAUCGUUCCAUCAGUAAUCGUUGGAUACCAACAGGCAGUUAAAAGAAAACAAGCUCAUUUGGACGCGCGACGCUACCUACAGCUAAAGAUAGCGGAACUAUACACUGGGGCGGACGGAAUACCCAAGUUAUACAUCGGCCGGGAGAGUAUCAUUCCUGGCCAGUCCGCCUGGCCCAUCCCCCACGACGCACCCUAUAGACCCGUCCUGGACCGCUGCCUCAUGGCUGUCAUAGAGGCUGGACUGUACGAGAGAUGGAACGACGACCAGUUGCGUCAAGCUCAGAUGGAGAGUCGCAGGAGGUACAAGCAACAGGAGACAGAAAAAGAGACAGAGUCCGACAGCAGCCUGAGGCCUCUAAUCAUCACACACCUGCAGGGACCCUUCAUGCUGCUCCUCCUAGGCCUCGGCUUGGCUGAAGUCUCCUUCUUGGUGGAGUUGUUCAUGAUGUGGCUUUCAAAGCGUAGCAGGAAAACUGAUCAUUAACAGAGAAAUAUUUAUGAUCUUGAUUAAUAGUUUUUUUUAUUGUAAUGGAAACACAUUGAGAGAUAUUUGGUAAUUAAUUAAUAAUUGUCCUGUUUCUACUAUCGUUAUGUCUCGUUGGCAUUUCUGGAAACUUGAUACAUCUAACUUACAAAUAUUCCAGGUUUACAUUAUAUAUAUACGUCUCUCAUGCUGUUAUAUCUUAUAGGAGUAUAUCAUAGCAACUCAGUGAACCCACCUGAUAUAAAAUAUAUAAUUACACCAAA